AUGUUUUGGAGAAGGUUGCCACGCGGCAAGAAUGCGAAGCAGGAUGAUGAGCAGGAGGAGGAGCAGGAGGAGGAGGAGCAGGAGGAGGAGGAGGAGGGUGAGGAGAAGGAAGACCUCAAUGAAGAGAAAUUGCCGGAGCCUGACAAGAGCGAGGAAAAGCUGGGAAAGGCGUCGAAACCAAAGUCCAGAAAAGAUGAGCCACCAGCCAAAGGCCACAGGAAGUCGGUUGAGAAGCCCAGCAAUGACGGCAAGCCAGUGAAGAGCAAACAUGAGGAGAAGUUGCCAGCCAAUCGCCGCAGCAGGAAGUCUUCUGAGCCCGAGGAGGUUGCAAAGGAGCAAGAUGAAGAGAAGCAGCCAGCCAAGCGCCGCAGCAGGAAGUCUUCUGUGCCCCAGGAGGAGGUUGCAGAGUCAGGCAAGGAGCCACCAGCCAAGGAGUCAGGCAAGAGCGGCCCUCAGAAAGCUUCCAGGCCCAAGCCAGUGGAAAGCAAAGAUGAGGAGGAGCCGCCAGCCAAGCGGCGCAGUAGGAAGUCUUCUGAGCCGCAGAAGUGUGCAGAAGAGCCCGCUGUGGAGUCAGUGAGUCCGCCCCCCGUUUCCAUAGCAAAGAGCAAUGAUGGAGAAGUGGACGAGAAGGAAGAGAAGAAGCGGCGGCAAUCUCGCAAAAGCUCCGCUUACCACACAGCCAAAAGGGCUGCACUUGCUGCAGGAAAGAGCACGGAAGAAGCAAAGGAUUUGGCGAAGGAGGCUGAUGCCAUCUUCAGCUUGGAGAAGGAAGUCCGCUUUAGCAGGUUGGCGAUGUGGAUUCUGAUUCACACGGACAGCUGCGGCUUGUUCCUAGCAGGCCCCGACUGCUCCAGUUGGGGCAUACCAGCCCGAGGAACAUCAUGGAGAACAAGAGUGAACAUCCAUGGAAACAUUUUUUUGGCGUGGGUGAGAGGCUCCUCAUGUAUGAUUUCUCGGCUUGUGCUAUGCAUUCUUCUCGCUAUGAGUCGCAACAUAGCCUGGGUUGUUGAACAACCACAUGGAUCACUAUUAGAGAACCACAAAAGAUUUAGUUGGAUGUGCAACACUGUGGCAUGGGUUUGGCGGUCGGCUUUCUGGAUGAUCCUACACGGGGCACCCAGUAGCAAGCGGACUUGGUGCUAUUCAAACAUGCAGGAAAUUAUUUGGGCAAAUUGA